AUCGCUGCGCUGGAUAUUGUGGAAAUGAACCAGAUAAUAGACGUUGAAUCAUUAAGAUGUACAAAAAAUGACCUAAGAGGACGUGUCUUAACUUUUGACUUCUUUGAAAGUCACCUGAAAAUGACGGAUUUCUGACCAAUUCAUUCAGGUAACAUUGGGAACAGAUGAGCUGGAGGUGUUAAGAGAAAAAGCGAAGGAGCUGAAAGAUGUUUAUUCGAUAUAGAAGAGUUGCUUUCAGUCAUCCAUAUUGUUACUGCCCAAGGACAAUGUGAACUACUCUUCUAUAAUAAGCGUUUGUUUUGAACAUGUGAAAGAAGAAGAAUAGUAAAAGAAUGGAUUUGGGAUCCUCUUUGCUGCCUUACGGUCUUCAAGCUUGCAUGUCCAUAAAUGGAAACGUUGCGACUUUAAAAGUAGAAAACAGAAAGUAUAGAGACAAGGAAAAAUAAAGUGUUGAAGAUUAAUUUAUGAUCAACUGGGAGUUGUGCUUGAUGCUCUCGAUGAACUUGACAUCUGGCCCCACUAUGAAUCUGACCCCAGAUCAGCCACCGACCCAGCUCUUCAACCUUCCAGGUCCACUGGACCUUCAAAACAAAAGCAGACCGGACCUUCCAUCUCAAGCCAGACUCUUCAACAACACCUUUUUCUUCCAGGAUAACGCGGCAUUAGAAUGGGAGCUGUUUUUGACCAUUCGAGAGCCUGGCACUAUUAUCUUGACCUUCUUGUACUCGGUUUCCUUUCUCGUGGGCUUCGCCGGAAACGUCAUGUCUCUUAAAGUCCUCUUAGGACAACGUGGGAGUGUGCGUCUGUCAGGUGCGAGCGCCACCCGCUGUCUGCUGAUCAACUUAGCGGUGUGCGACCUGGCAGUAGUUUGCGUGUGCAUGCCCGUCACAUUGGGCCACCGAAUAUACACGCCGUGGGUGUACGGGGACUUUUUGUGUCGUGCCGUACCUUUCACGCAAGCCGUGUCUGUUUCUGCCAGCGUCCUGAGCAUCACAGUCAUAAGCGUUAGCCGGUUCUACGCGGUCCACUCUCCGCUACAGUCCCGCGCAUACUUCACCCGUCGACGCAUCCUCGUCUCGGUCACCGCCGUGUGGCUGAUCUCCUCCGUGAUCUGCAUGCCGGUUGCCAUAGUUACCCGACGCGAUGAAGUCGCUUUGAUUGAAGGGCUGGCCAUCAUCCUGCCCGUCUGCGGAGAGGUAUGGCCACAGCCACGCCUGCGUCAGGCGUACAACGUCCUGCUGUUCAGCGCCCUCUACUGCCUACCUGUGGCGUUUAACCUCACCUUGGCCUUCCUCACGUGUCGCCGGUUGCGGAGCACCAACGCGGAAGGUCGGUUCACAGAGCUGGACCCGCGCUCUCAGGCGCUUCACGAAACAAGACUGCAAGGGCGCAGGCAAAUUGCCCGCAUGGUUGCGGCCCUCGUGCUGCUCUUCGCUCUGUCCUGGUUGCCCAUGUACGUUGCCGACAUCUGGUUGGAUCUUGAACUAAACCAUCCGCCCCACUGGCUCCUUCAAGCCAGGCCUUUUGCGCAGUGGAUGGGCCUCACCAACUCUUCUCUCAACCCCUUUUGCUACUGCUUCAUUGGAGACCUCCACCGGUCAGCCAAAGCUUUGCGUCUGCGAUUCAGCGGCCCAUCCCCUGCCGCAGCGCUGGCGCUGGCCUCGCUUCCUAAAAUCUUCAACUUGCAGAACGAUAAGAAAACGGCGGAUGCCGCGAACAACUCUAACUCUUGUGGGGAGGAUGCUGAGACUCUGGGUCUGUCCAUGUGGUGGACGCAAUCAAGCGCGUGUGAGUCGAUCUCACAUUGGAAUGACUGAAGCAGCCAUUACAUCUGAGUGUUUCUCUCAGUGGGCCGGAAGUGUUGCGCUUUGUAUUGUGUGCUUCUAGAGACCUAGAUUUCCGGAGUUUGUUCAGUUGAAUAUGGAUUGAGGAAAACUUGUAAUAUGUAGUGGAUUCUUCUAUAGAGUGAUUAGAUAGGACAUCUACCUGAGGAGUCGUGACAUCCAU